CGUGGUUGGUGGUGCCGCCUAGGUUCCUGCUCCUCCUUGCCACAGCCUCGAGUAGUCCGAACCGAUGGCUCGGACGGAAAACCAACCCCUUUACUUCUCCUUAAAACCCCAACCCAGUCGCCAAUCCCUUUGCAGUUUGUCGAAGAUAUUUCCAUAGAAAAGAUAGAAUAUGAGUACUAUGGCUGUGUCUCGUGGAGUGGUAGGAAGGUCGUCGUUGAAUCCGAAUGCCCCACUCUUUGUUCCGAUGCUGUUUCAGCAGGUUGAAGAUUUCUCCCCCGAAUGGUGGGAGUUGGUGCAGACGACUCCAUGGUUCCGUGAUCACUGGUUCCAUCAGUACCAGGAGCAAGAGAUGUUUGACGGCGAGGACUCAUUCGACUUUGGGUUGACUGAACUUCCUGAGGUGCUCGAUAUAGAUUUGGAUGGAGCCGGUUUCAGUGAACAUGUUGAGAUGGACAAGACUAUUUCUGGAGCUACGAAGAAGCACGAUAAGCACCUGUUACCCAAAGAGUUUGAGACUGAUACCUUGAAGGCAUUAAUGUUGAACCUGAGCUCUAAAUCUCCGAAAAACGGUGCAAGGCCUCUGUUGGUUCUGGACAAGCACCGCGAAAAGCCGGUGCAGUGCGUGAGCCCAAAGUUUGGCCCUCGCCGCAUCAUUCACCAGCCUCGCUGAGACUUGCUUUUUCCGGCGGAGUCUGUUGUCGAAGUGCUUGCUGUUGUACACAACUGUAUGGAUGUUGUUGCUGUUGUAGACUGUGUUGUAUGGCUUUGUUCCAUCUUUUGUGCUUGCUUAGUGUAUCACCAAGAAAACCACGAAAUGUAGGACUGUAAAAAGACAUGUGCAAUGUGAAUGUUAAGUUUCAGGAUUUA